UCACGGGUUCGCUUAUGAUUGUUAGUCAUGGGGAAGAAGUGUUCGCAGUAGUUCUACAGUUAGCAGGUUUGAUGUGUAAUUAAUGGUCAAAUAAGACAUGGCCAACAUCGCGAAGAAAGUGUCAUGGUCUGGCCGAGGCGAUGAUCGCGGAGAGAGAACGCCACUGCUGAACGGAGACGAGGAGGUGAAAUACAACAGACAGUUAUCCGGGGGAGGUAUAUUUCAUAUAGGCAGGCUGAGCACUGUGGACCUUGAGGAGGAAAUCACACCCGAAGAGGACAUUGUGAGAAGUCGACCAAAAGAAAUCCCUCACAACGAAAAGCUGCUGUCUCUCAAAUUUGAGAGUCUUGAUUAUGAUAACAGCGAAAAUCAGUUGUUUCUGGAGGAAGAGAGGCGGAUGAGUCACAUGGGUUUCAGAUGUCUGGAGAUCAGGAGAUGGGUGAUCUGUGGUCUGAUUGGGUUUCUCACUGGUCUCAUCGCAUGCAUGAUAGACAUUGCUGUGGAGAAAUUAGCUGGUUAUAAGUACUUUGCAGUCAAACUGAACAUUGAGAAAUACACAGAGCUUGGUGGCCUGUCCAUCUCUCUCAUACUGUGGGCAGUGCUGAACUCUGCUUUCGUGAUGUUUGGCGCUAUCGCUGUUGCUUUUGUAGAGCCCAUUGCCGCAGGAAGUGGAAUCCCUCAAAUAAAAUGUUUCCUGAAUGGAGUGAAAAUCCCUCGUGUUGUUCGAUUAAAGACUCUGGUGAUAAAGGUCUUUGGUGUGAUCUGCUCAGUUGCUGGAGGUCUCGCUGUUGGAAAGGAAGGACCCAUGAUUCACUCGGGAGCAGUGGUGGCUGCAGGAGUAUCUCAAGGAAGAAGCACUUCACUGAAAAAAGAUUUUAAGAUAUUUGAGUAUUUCCGCAGGGACACAGAGAAAAGAGACUUUGUCUCGGCAGGAGCAGCGGCUGGAGUCUCUGCUGCCUUUGGAGCCCCUGUUGGUGGGGUUCUGUUCAGUUUAGAGGAAGGCGCGUCUUUCUGGAACCAGAUGUUGACAUGGAGAAUUUUCUUUGCUUCAAUGGUCUCCACCUUCACACUGAAUUUUUUCCUGAGUAUUUACCAUGGGAAGCCUGGAGAACUGUCCAGCCCCGGUCUCAUUAACUUUGGCCGCUUUGACAGUGAUAUUGUACAGUAUAAUUUAUAUGAAAUUCCUCUCUUCAUUAUCAUGGGAGCUUUAGGAGGGGUGCUUGGAGCAUUGUUCAAUAUCAUCAAUUAUUGGCUAACAAUUUUCAGAAUAAGGUACAUCCACCGGCCGUGCCUGCAGGUGAUGGAGGCUAUGCUGGUUGCCGCGGUGACCGCUACUGUUUCCUUUGCUAUGAUCUAUUUCUCCAAUGACUGCCAGCCACUGGGACAGGACAACACUGAGGAAUAUCCCUUACAGCUCUUCUGUGCUGAUGGUGAAUAUAAUUCCAUGGCCACCGCCUUCUUCAACACCCCUGAGCGGAGUGUGAGGAGUCUGUUCCACAAUCCUCCAGGAACUUACAACCCUGUGACUUUGGGGGUCUUCACUCUGGCAUAUUUCUUCCUGGCUGUCUGGACGUAUGGUCUGACCGUGUCAGCAGGAGUGUUCAUCCCGUCUCUGCUCAUUGGAGCAGCCUGGGGCCGACUAUUUGGGAUCCUUCUGUCUUUCAUUGCUUCCAGCCAAUCAAUUUGGGCGGAUCCUGGGAAAUAUGCUCUAAUAGGUGCUGCGGCCCAGCUUGGUGGCAUUGUCAGAAUGACACUCAGUCUCACCGUAAUCCUGGUAGAAGCCACCGGGAACGUGACCUAUGGCUUUCCCAUCAUGCUUGUGCUGAUGACUGCCAAGAUUGUGGGGGAUUACUUUAUAGAGGGCCUGUAUGACAUCCAUAUUAAGCUGCAGAGUGUUCCUUUCCUCCACUGGGAUGCUCCUCCUACUUCUCAUUGGCUGACAGCCAGAGAGGUCAUGAGCUCUCCGGUCACCUGCCUCAACAGAGUGGAGAAAGUGGGGAGAAUUGUGGAUGUUCUUAGCAACACAUCCACCAUUCACAACGGCUUCCCAGUGGUCGCCCAUACUAGUGAGAACGAUGAGCCAGGAAUAAUCUGUGGACUUAUUCUUCGCUCCCAGCUCAUUGUUCUUCUCAAACAUAAGGUGUUUGUGGAAAGGGCGUCUUCACGUCUCAGCCAAAGGAAGCUACAGCUGAAGGACUUCAGAGAUGCAUAUCCACGUUUCCCCCCCAUCCAGUCCAUCCACGUCUCUCAGGAUGAGAGGGAGUGCAUGAUGGACCUCACUGAGUUCAUGAACCCGACCCCAUACACUGUGCCUCAGGAGACUUCACUCCCCCGUGUGUUUAAAUUGUUCCGGGCGCUAGGACUGAGACAUCUGGUGGUGGUUGAUAAUGAGAACAGGGUUGUGGGACUGGUAACCAGGAAGGAUCUUGCCCGCUACCACGUGGGUAAAGAUGGUCUGGAGGAGCUUCACCUGGCUCAGACAUGAUUGGUCAUCAUGUUCACCCUGGACCCUGCCUUCAGAGCACCAGCUUUGGACCUUAAAAACUCAGGGGCUGGUCAGAGUCUUUCUCAUGUCAAAGAUGCCAAACACAAACCUGCAACAUGCACAAUUUGUCUGACGUUCAGUAUUUUAAGGGCUUGAUUAUUGGCUUGAUUAUUUGAAAAAUGCAUUUUUGCUCCUUUAUCACACAGUUAUGCAUUUAUUUUUUCUGUAGAAAUACAGCGGAUGAGCACAUUAUGUUAGUUUUGCACUAUGUGACUGUUUAUUUAUUACAAUUAUAUUUUAGAGUAGAUGAGCUUUAAGUAGCAUUUGUAGCAUUAAGGAACCUAUUGGUGAUGUGCACUUAAUACAGACUACUACAUAUUGUAUUGUUACAGACAUGCAAAUAUGGUUCAUUACAUUCUUGUUUACCUAGUGCUGUUUAGGAUUUUUAAACGUUUCCGUCUUGAUUUAUAAAUUUAAUUGGUAUUAAAUCUGUUAGGGUAGAUCAGGUCCUGAAAUUAAAUGCAUAAAUCCUAGUUUUCACAUGCCUCUUGGCAUUGGCAAGUUUUGGUACGAGUUUAAAACUAGCUAGUGGUUUUAUGCAGUACAUUUUCUGAGGGUAGUUUGUCUACACACAAUGUGAAUUUUCUGCCUCGAGCUGCAUUUGUUUUCUGUGAAAAUCUAUACAUUAAAAUGAACAUAUAAAUCCCAGUAUUGAGCAGUGAAAGAUAAUUAUGCUAAAAUAAUUGCCAAACGUUCUUUAACUGAACAUCAGAUGAAGUGUAUAAACGUGACAUCUUGUUUUGUUUGUGUGCUAAAAAGUUUGACUUGUAGGCUCACCGCUUCGUUUAAAGCCAACUUUUUUUGUUUUUAUUGAUCGAUGACUUUCUCUCUGAUUAUCUCUAAUUUUAAUAUAGUUUUUGAUUUGGAUUAAAAAAAGAAAAAAACUUUGUGAACUAAUAAAGCUAUGAAUCAACAAUUCAUGAAUCUUUAGUAACUCUCUCAGAUAAUCAUAGUUGAUUUGGAUAAACAUCUGUGUAGUGCAAGACGGGUCAAUAUUUUUAGUCCAACCAUGUAUUUCUUGAAUGUGUAUAUCUAUAAGUUAAUUGUCAGCCUUUUUGAGUCUACCAUUAUAAAGAUGGCUUUAAAGCUAAUAAAUGUGGAUUAAAAUACCACCAUUUUGUUUCAGUAGAUGAACUUAUGAGCAGUCUGAGACUUUGGCUACAUAUAAAUGUUUUCACUUAUUGUAGAUAUCAGUGAUUCUGGGAAACGUGCAUUAUGUGUGACUGACAAUCUACUAAGUGC